CUGACUAUAGUUGCUUGCUACUAUGGUGAACUAGAUGUGUUAAUUUGUAACUACAACGUUAGACUACUUGGCUAAAUCAUUUGAGAAUCCCAGUAUUAUUUUGUACAAAUAACAUAGACUGUUGUUAAAUUGUUAAGUUGUAUAAAUAAAAGCCAUGAUUAUUUUCUGUGGUUAUUCUAUUCUAACACACAGUAAAACUUUGAAAUGGAAGUUUUACGACCGACCCUGAUAAACAUCAAUGGAAGGAUUUACAGAAAAAACGUCAUCAAAGAACAGGUUUAUCAAGACGAAGACGAUGAGGACGACUUUUCUUACUCAGACCCGGUCGCUGCCCAGUGCACGGACGAACCCUGUGACACAUUCAACAUGGAACAAACUGAGAAAGGCUUCCGUUAUGCCAUGGAUGUCCCCAGUGUCCUUUACAAAUACAUUAUUGGAAAGAAAGGGGAGACCAGGAAGAGGUUGGAAUCUGAAACGCGUACCUCCGUUAGCAUUCCCAAGCAAGGAGUGGAGGGACAGAUAGUGAUCACCGGUCAGCAGAGAGGAGCUGUGGCGUCAGCCGUCACACGCAUCGAGGUCCUGAUGGAGAGCUUCCGGAGGAAGCAGCCCUUCACACACUUCCUGUCAUUCGCUUUGAACCAUCCUCAAAUCCAGGAGCGAUUCUUGAAGUUUAAAGAAGAGGUCUUGGAACAGUGUUCAGAGGAUAGCGGAGUUGACAGCAGCAUCUUUCAGAACCCAGCAAAGCUCCACCUGACUGUCGGUACCCUGGCAUUGCUCAAUGACAUGGAAGUGAGCAAAGCGUGUGAACUCUUGCAGCAGUGUCAGGAGCAGCUCCAAGACAUCACCGGGGGCAAGCCACUUCCCAUGGAGGUUGUGGGGCUUGAGUACAUGAACGACGACCCAGCCAUGGUGGACGUCCUGUAUGCCAAAGUCCAAGCGAAGGAUGGGUCAGACAGGCUGCAGGUUAUGGCGGACCAGCUGGUGGAGCACUUUGUCGCGGCGGGUCUGAUGGUCCGGGAGUGGGACAGAGUGAAGCUCCACGCCACCGUCAUGAACACGCUGUUCAGGAAGGACCCCUCAGCUGAAGACAAGGGUGGUUCGGGAAGGCCGAAUAUGAAGGACAGAGAGGCUUUUGAUGCACGGGGUGUAUUAAAGAAGUUUGGCACCUUCCGUUUCGGAGAGUUCCAGCUGAACGCCAUCCACCUUUCCCAGAGGUUCUCCACGGACUGUUCCGGCUACUACACCUCGUCCGGCCUCGUUCAGUUGUCGUGACGAGCCUCGCCCUUUGGCCUCCAACUGUGGAAUUGCGUCUACGGGGGCAGACGGUUUCCAGCGCAUCCGUGUUUGCUAUGCGGCGCGGCUCCUCAGCUUCCUGUCGUCACGUUCUGUGCCGUGCGGCGGGCUGGCGGGCUGGCGGCCCGGCGCUGUGCCGGGCUCCGCCGUUCUGCCAGACACGUCUCGGCUACGCAUCGCACCGGUGCCCCGCUUCCAAAACGCACAUUUCCAUUCCGGAAACGGCUUUUCCGCGGCUUAAUGGGGAAUUCGUUCAGAUUCACUGAAUCUCAAACACAUUCAGGUCUACGGGGGGGGCAGACGGAUUUCACCCGGAUAUUUUGUAUUGUUUAUAUUCUGAGCUAUUUACUUAAUCUUUUCAAUCUGACUACAAAAACUAUAGAUUUUCUUUUUUUUCCCCUCCCACAGACAUUUGGGAAAAUGAAUUCAGGCUUAUGAGGCUGUGCAUAAAUAAACAGAUGAUUAUGCAAAAUGCUUGAGUUACUAAUUAACAUCAAUCUCUUUAAAAUUCAGGAGGCAUAUGACUGAUUAAUUGUACACGGAUGUGGGCUUGUCUGCAGUGCAAUAAGAUGAAUUGACUUCUGAUUGUCUGGUAUUUUUCUCCUUAUUUAGUCCUAUUGGAGCAUAACAUGUUUGUUGCUUAUAACAUUUUGUUUGUCUUUGUGAGUCUAAAUGAUGAGGUGCAUAAAUACUGGAAUUUGCCACUUCAUACCUAUUUUUGUGCUACAUGAAUGUUUUAACCAUAAGUGGUUUUCCCUAUCAAGAAUUUACAAGAUUGUAUAGAUACUCAUGCAUCUAUAAAUUCAAUUUCCCUGUGUGCAAUCAUGUA